UCUCGUCUAUUUCCAGUUCUCGCGAGACGUCAACCGUUGCUGGAUUUGAAAAGAGGCGGGACUGCGGCGGUGUGCUCGCGAACAAGUCAAAAAGGAGACAUGGCCGUACACAACGAACUGGAGGUCAAGGAGGCGUUUCAGCGCGCCCAGAAGGCGCACAACAACAAGGCCAAGCUGGUGGCCAGCCUGAAAAGUCGCUACAACAAGCUCGAAGACAAAACUCCGUUCCACGAGGAAUUUGUCAGCUACCUGAAACACGCCAUGAUUGUCUACAAGCGCGAGCCGACUGUGGAAAAUGUCAUCGAAUUCGCUGCGAGGUUUGCCACCAGUUUCCAAGUUCCUCCUAAAGAUGGAGAAAAAGAAGAAGAGGAGGAGGAGGAGGAGGAAGAAGAAGAGGACGAUCAUCCUUUUUUGAGUUUCAUUUUCAACUUCCUGCUCGGGUCUCAUGAGGCCAACAGCCACGCGGUGCGCUUCCGGGUGUGCCAGCUGAUCAACAAACUGCUGGGCAGUAUGGCUGAGAACGCUCAGAUCGACGACGACCUUUUCGAUCGCAUCCACCAAGCCAUGCUGGUGCGCGUCACCGACAGGUUUCCCAACGUGCGCAUACAGGCCGCCUUGGCCAUGACCCGCCUGCAGCAGCCGAGUGAUCCUGACUGUCCGACCAUCAAUGCCUUCAUGUUGAUCCUGGAGAAUGACACCAACGCUGAGGUGAGAAGGGCUGUCCUCUCCUGCAUCGCCAUGUCUCCUCGCACCCUCCCCAAAGUUCUAAAACGCACACGCGACAUCAAAGAGAAUGUCCGCAAGUUAGCCUACCAAGUUCUGGCUGACAAGGUUCAUGUUAAAGCUCUGACAAUUGCACAGAGAGUGAGUCUGCUGCAGCAAGGACUCCGUGACACAUCGGAGGCCGUAAAGGAGAUGGUUUGCUCCCGUCUGCUGCCCGCCUGGCUGUUGCGUCUGGAUGGAAAUGUGGUGGAGCUUCUCCACAGACUUGAUGUGGAGAACUGUGCCCAAACAGCUCUGGACACGCUCCAGGCCAUAUUCAAAGGCAUGGCCGCUGACGAGCUGCUGCAGAACAGAACACAGCUGGACAACAGGAAGCUGAUCCCAGUGGACUCUCUGACGUGUGAGAAUGUUCUUUACUGGCGAGCUCUGUGCGAGUUCAUCAAGGGGAAAGGAGAUGACGGUGAAGAAAUGUUGGAGCAAGUCUUACCAGACACUGUCAUGUUCACGGACUACCUCUACGGGUAUUUGAAGGCGGUGCCGGUGCUGUCAGAGGAGCAGAGGGCAGACUUGAACCAGCUGGAGUUGGUGAUGACCAAGGAGUUCAUCUCUCAACAGCUCAUCCAGCUCAUCGGCUGCCUGGACACCAACGAGGAAGGCGGCAGGAAGCGCGUGGUGGCUGUGCUGCAGGAGAUGCUGGCUCUGCCACAGACGCCCUCCUCGCUGGUCUCCUUGCUCACAGAGAAGCUCGUCACACUUGUGCCUGACGAUCACAGACGUAUUCAGAUUGUGGCAGAAAUCAUCUCCGAUCUGCGGGAGCCAAUCACAGAAGCGAGCCAGCCAGUGGACGAGAACGCGAGUCGUCGCCAGCAAAUUCAGCUAGCAGAGGUGAAGGUACGGAUCUUGGAGGCCAAGGAAGCCUUGGGGGAGUGCAUCGCAGCGCAGGAUUUCAACCGCGCUGCCGAGAUAAAGCAGUCCAUCACAGAGCUGGAGAAGGAGCACAAGGUCAUCCAGGAGAGCGCUCAGCCGGCCGACAUUGAGAUCCGCACUGAGAAGAACGAUCCAGAGACUCUGCUGAGGUGUCUGACGAUGUGCGCUGAGCUGCUGAAGCAGAUGAACAUGAAGAGUAGAAUCAGCCCGACAAUAAGCGCCUUGACGUCCGUACUGAUCCUGCCCAGCAUUGCGAGUGCUCACCCUACUGUCCGCAGCAUGGCGGUGGUCUGUCUAGGCACGUGCGCCCUGCAUUGCAAGGACUUCGCCAAGACCCACAUGGUCCUCCUGCUGCAGAUUGCGCAGCUCGACGAUAUCAGGAUUCGAAUCUGCGCCCUGCGAGCCGUCGUCGAUCUGCUGCUUCUGUUCGGCUUCCAGCUGCUCUCGGACAGCGGCGCCGGUCAAAAGUCAGCGGAGAGGAAGGAGGACGAAAAGGAGGGAGACGUGACCGAGGACACGGCUCAGAGCAUCGUAGCCAUGCUGUCAGAGCUCCUGGAUAAUGAGGUGUCAGAGCUGCGCACUGAGGCAGCAGAGGGCCUGGCCAAGCUGAUGUACACAGGUCGCAUGUCCAGCGCCAAGGUGCUGUCUCGUUUGAUUCUGCUGUGGUACAACCCGGUCACAGAGGACGACAUCCGCCUCCGCCACUGCCUGGGCAUCUUUUUCCAGCUCUACGCCCGCGAGAGCAGGUCGCACCAGGAAGUUGUGGAGGAGAGUUUCCUUCCGACCAUGCGCACUCUGAUAAAGGCCCCCGCCACCUCUCCGCUCGCCGAGGUGGACAUGAACAACGUGGUGGAGCUGCUGGUGGAACUGACCCGUCCCAGUGCCCUCGUCAAGCCUGUAACUAACACAGAGGAAGUGUGCGUCCACGACUACUUGGCGGUGCGCAUGUGCGGCGAGAUGCUGAGUGACCCCACCGCCCCGGAGGUGCGUCUCUACGCCAAGACCCUCACCUACCUGGAACUCAGCAGAGACGAGACCGUCAAGAAAGACCUGCUGUCACUUCUGCAGCAGAUUGUCCUGGUUGUGAAGGACCGCGUCUGUCUGCGAGCUCUGGAGAAGAUGAUUUCUUACCUGGUGGAUUCCAACGAUCAAGCCCAGCUCCUCAACGCCACCGCACUGCAGAACCUGGAUGUCAAUGCUGAUGAAACUGCAGCGGAAGACCCGACUAAAUCAAGCAAAAAAGACAAAAGAGGUCAGAGGAAGGCGUGCGCAGCCAAAGGAGGCAGAAAACCCAGCAAGAGGGCGGAGUCGUCAGAGGAAAGCGACGGAGAAAACGUGCCUGACUCGGCCCCUGCGGUGCGACCCUCACGCAGGGCCAAGAUCGCAGCCCUGGAGAAGACCAAACUGGAUCUGAAUCCUCUCAUCAACCAGGAGGCCAACGUCUCCUAGUCUCUUCUAAAUAGUCAUGAACACAAGUAAGACAUCCACUAUUACACAAUACAUACUAUUAAUAUAUGUUACUUUUACACAAUACAUACUAUUACUAUAUGUUACUUUUACACAAUACGUACUAUUACUAUAUGUUACUUCUCCACAAUACGUACUAUAUAAUAGUUAUAUACCACAUUUUACACAAUAAAGGUGCAUGUGU